UACCGCUGCUGUGCCGUUGUUUGAGAUCGUUUGAAUGGCUUACGGGGCGAGUACGGCGAGCGUGUACCAACUGCUGCUGCUGCUGCUGCCACGACCGCAAAAUGGCUAGAUUCUACCAGACGGCUACAUUCGGCAAACUGUUUCACAAAUGGAUUGAAGGGGAAAGACGCCAUGACGCCAGUAGCAGCAGCAGCCGUCGUAGCCGCAGCCACAUCGCAGUAGCUGCCCCAUCAACAACAUCAACGCACCAUACCCGAGCCCACCGCAGGCCGUCGCCCACUAGCAGCGUUCACCGCCGGGUCGCCAACGUACACCGCACACGCCGCGCUCACAACCGCCACGGAACGGACCGGAGCCAUGAACGAGUCGGAGUGUGCCAGCCUGCUCGCAUCCGUACAGUGGACGGAUCCGACCAAUCUGGUCUCGCUGGCGGUGCUCGCGUUCAUCAACGUGCUCGUCAUCGUCGGCAACUGUCUGGUGAUUGCGGCCGUGCUCUGCUCGCACAAGCUGCGCAGCGUAACCAAUUUUUUCAUCGUUAGUCUAGCCGUUGCUGAUUUAUUAGUCGGAUUAGCUGUAUUGCCAUUUUCGGCCACCUGGGAGGUGUUUAAGGUUUGGAUAUUCGGUGACGUCUGGUGCCGUAUCUGGCUGGCGGUCGAUGUCUGGAUGUGUACGGCCUCGAUCCUGAACCUGUGCGCCAUCUCGCUGGACCGGUACGUCGCCGUUACCCGUCCAGUCACCUAUCCGAGCAUAAUGUCGACCAGGCGCGCCAAGUCGCUCAUCGCCGGGCUGUGGGUGUUGUCCUUCGUGAUCUGCUUUCCGCCGCUGGUCGGGUGGAAGGAACAGAAAGUGAAAGAGAACGUUUAUUAUCAAUACGGAAACUACACACUGGUGUCGGUGACACCGUCCCCUGCGCCUCCACUUCCCUGUCCCUGGACGUGUGAGCUGACGAAUGACGCCGGUUACGUCGUCUAUUCGGCGCUCGGUUCCUUCUACAUUCCCAUGUUCGUGAUGCUGUUCUUCUACUGGCGGAUCUAUCGAGCAGCCGUCCGGACGACACGCGCCAUCAAUCAGGGCUUUCGCACCACCAAAGGCAUGGGCAAUCGAUUCGAUGACAAUCGGCUCACGCUACGGAUACAUCGGGGCCGUGGUUCGACAAGCGCACCACUGCACGAAUCGCCGCACAGCAAUGGCAGCACGCACAGCACCACCACAAGCAUCGGUAGCGCAUCGCCCGAGCGGCUGUCACGCUACUCGACCCGCGGCAAACUGGCCGCCCACGGUACCGGACCACAUCCGACGGCCCAUCACGAGAAGAUUAAAAUAUCCGUCUCGUACCCGUCGACGGAGAAUGUGGCCCAAAGCUGUCAUGCCGAUUCGUCGUCGGCCGGCACGUCUACGGUGGCCGGUGGUGGGGCGGGCAGUUCCGGUACCGCCGGCACGAAGCUACUGUACGCCGUCCACUACUCAUCGGCGAACGGGCGCGAAAGCAACGCGUCCCAGAUCUUUCGCCGACCGUCCAAAGAGCAACAGAUCGGUAGCGUUCUCGGUGGUUCGACCCAGUACCUGACCGUGUCGGAGCAGCAGCAGCAGCAGCAGCACCGGGAGCGUGGCAGCAGCUUCCUUUCGCCCCGGGCCAGCAAACGGAUGGGUAAGCGCAACAUCAAGGCGCAGGUGAAACGGUUCCGGAUGGAGACGAAGGCGGCCAAAACGUUGGCCAUCAUCGUGGGGCUGUUUGUGCUCUGCUGGUUGCCGUUCUUCACGAUGUACCUGGUGCGCCCGUUCUGUGACGACUGCAUCAACGAGCUGCUGUUCUCGAUCGUGUUCUGGAUCGGGUACUGCAACUCCGCCAUCAAUCCGAUGAUUUACGCACUCUUCUCCAAGGACUUUCGGUUCGCGUUCAAGCGCAUCAUCUGCCGGUGUUUCUGCUCGGGCGGCCGGUUCCCGGGCGCGGUCGGUAGUCGCCGCGGUUCGGACAUGUCGCAGAUGAGGGCGCACGGUGGCCGGACGCCCAGCAUCUCGCCGAGCGCUGCCGCCCAAUCGCUGUGCGAUGAUAGCGAUCCGGUUGGGGGCGACCUGUCCGACUCUAGAUGACGAACGUCGUAUGCGCCCAGCAUCAGCUCCACCUCGAGUCCGGGCUGUGGAAUGAUGCUGCUAGCGAACACUGGCAGUGG